AUUUUGUCAAUAAUACCCUUCCUUUGGCUCCCCCAUUUUGAUCGAAUUUCACCAAUUACAUCACUUCUGCCAUCCUCAUUCUAACCGCAUCUAAGCCGUGCUAAGCCUCCGCACCGCAAGCUUGAUUCAUUAGUCUAUCAUGGAAGAAACCGAGGACACUACCGCAGCUAUGGCACAGGCUAUGGGCUUCUCAAGCUUUGGGGCUCAACCCAACCCGAAGCGACGCAAGUUCAACCCUCGUGCAGACGCGGUAGUUGCGUCGACCUCUGCUUCUAUUCCUCUUCACAUCAGUGAAGCGAAGUCGGGUUCCAAUGCGAUCCCCUUAGGAGUUAGAUCGAAGAAUAAAGACGAAAUCACCCUUGAAGAUGACAAGGCGGCUAGCAUUACGGACAGCAGAAUACAUUCACCUCUUAAUGACCCGGGUGAUGAUGAGCCGGGGCCUCAGUAUUUGGAUACUUCACGCCCGCCUGAUAUAGCCUUGGUUGGUCCAACGGGUGAUGCUGUAUCUGACACUACAAUUGACGCCACACCCGGGGAGUAUCCGGGACAUAUUGUAGGGGCCAAACCAUCGGCAGCGAGUACCAGCGGAGGUUUUACCAGUCGAGAUAGUGGUCGUGGCGGUUAUCAAGCCAGGCAGAGUCAGGGGCAUGAGCCAGGGAAGAAAUGGUGGGAUGAUUACUAUGACCCGAGUUCGAACACCAACCCUUGGGAACGGCUUGAGCAUAUCAAGGUUUUGGGACUGAGGGGCAGCUGGAUGUCCUGGGAGGCAGCUAAACGAUGAGUUGGCAUCAUCACCACUGGUCAAGUGAAAAUUUUGUUGAGCUUUGGUCUGGGUAAUUCGACCAAGUAACCAUAUUUAUUUAAACCAAAGGCAAGUGAAGAGGAAAUAGUAUGGCAUGCUCUCUCAUGACUUCUAGUCUAGAAAAUAUUAAUGCCCCACAGGUGGAAUACAUUCUGAGCAUGUCCGCAAUCCUUGGGCGUCACCAUAUCACGUGACAAUAAUCGACAUACGACAAGUUACUCUUCGUGGUGGAUUCAACCCG